AUGGCGGUCAGCGAGAGAACCCCACUUUUGACAGGCGACAACAAUGAAGAACAUGAUAACCCCAUUGAGCCUCCGGCUUAUUCUACUUCUCCAGGUACAGGUUUCAGCGAUGCAGCCACCUUGACUGUUGGAACAGAUGAGCUACCCCCACCGUAUACCCCGACGGCCCAGGGUGAUAUUCCGAUGAUCAACUGCAAAGUGUGUCAGGCCAUAAUUAGUUUGGAAGGCAAACAGCACCUUUAUGUGGUCAAAUGCUCCGUCUGCAGUGAAGCUACGCCUAUUCGAGCAGCACCACCUGGGAAAAAGUACAUUCGCUGCCCAUGUAAUCUUCUGUUGGUUUGUCGAUCUGGAGCCACCAAAAUUCUGUGUCCUCGGGAUACAUGCAAAAGAGUGAUCUCCCUGCCCAGCCCAACAACGGAUCUGUACCACCUGCCUCUGACAUCACGGUAUACCUGCGCUUAUUGUCACCAGGUGUUUAUGCUGCGGGUUGUCACCAAAUUUGUUCGCUGCCCUCAUUGUAGAAAAUUGUCAUCAGCUGGGUGUAACUAUGCUCGUCUCCGCGGCCAUAUUUACCUGCUCGCCAGUUUGCUGAUAAUUGGUGCUGCCAUUGGUGUCACUAUUGAGGCUGCACAUCAACAUGGAGGCAUUUACGUGGCUUGGGUCGGUGGAUUCCUGGUAGGUGUCAUCCUGCUGGUGAGGGCUAUCUACUACUACACAGUCAAGACUAGUCACCUGGUGCAGACAGGUGUCAACACUUAA